AUGGAGAGAUAUCCGGCAAAAAUCUUUGCAAAAUCUAAGAGAUAUGGCAACAUGUUAGAGGAUUAUGGAUCAUUUUCCAUUUCAAGCUUUGUUUCAACAUUUUUAUUUGCACAACAUAGUUCAAAGAAAAUAAUAAUCACAGAUGCUUGCAGUUACUCCACAAUUACUUUGGAAGCUUCUGUUGAUAAGGGUCGUCGGCCAGAUAUAGAUUACUGCUAUAGAACUUCGACGACUACAAGGACAGUUAUGGAUUUCUUCACCGCCUUAUGGGAUGUAGAUUUUGACUAUCUUGGACAUAAUGCUGCAUUGGAAAUUCAAGCAACUGUGCUAUUUACAGCAGACAAACCAUCCAAAGUUGCUAUGUGGAGAGGAGUUAUCAUCGCGUAUAUAGAUGUGGCAUUGUAUUACUUCCUGUCCGCUUUUCUCGGAUACUACAUGUUCGGCGACGAGCUUCGCAAAAAUAUUUUCGUUUCUCUAGAGAAACGAAACCAGUAUGGCUUAUUGUCAGCCUUUGUGAAACUGUUAGUGAAGGGAUUGGAUUUCAAGCCUAGCGCAGCCCUCCAAUUUGCGAUACAAAAUGCUUAUGUUGGUGAGUACAUGAUUAGAACUCAAAAACAUAGUGUUGGAACUUACUGUUAA